AUGGGAACAUGUUGUGGUACGUAGAGUUAAUUGUAAAUUGUGAUGCCAAAAUUUGAACUGUCUAUCCUGAGUGUCUAUACUUAAAAAGCUAUUUUGAUACAAAGAGCUUACAGAUGUAUAAUUGAGUUCAAGCAUCGGAAGAGAAGAAAUACAGUUCCAGUAUCUAUUACAAACGACAGCUAGAGAAGUCAUUAGGAGCCUAUAGAAAUUACAAUUGUUCAUUAGUAACCGUAAGAUGAAGUUGCAUAGAUGGAAUAGAUUGAAGAAGUGCCUGUCGUUUUAGAUCAUUCUCCUCCUGAUGGAGUCAAAAUAGAUAGAAAAUAAAGUGAAUAUCCUGCAUCAAUCAACUCCUUGAUAUUUCGAAUUGGGAACUUUAAUUAUAAGGAAUAUCUAAAGAAGGAAAGUUAAAAUUAUGAAGAAGAAGAAUUGAAUGCAGCUUUUUUAGAUCCGUAUUUACUUACUGAUGGAACAAUAUAUUUAGGUUAAUGGAAAUUGGGUAAAAGGCAUGGAAAGGGCAGAGCAAUUUUUUAAGAUAAAAGUGUAUACGAAGGAUUUUGGAAAAAUGACAAAAUGGAUGGUUAUGGGAGGUUGAUAUUUGUUAAUGGAGAUUACUAUGAAGGAGAAUUCAAGGAGAAUAAAGCUAAUGGAUUUGGAAAAUAGGUGACAUCCUAAGGAUAUUCAUACGAAGGCUAUUGGGUGAAUGAUAAAUAGUAGGGCGAAGGAACCGAAAAGUUCUCAGAUGGGACUAAUUUUUCAGGAAAAUUUGUCGAUGGAAAUAAAACCGGAAUUGGCGAGUUUGUUUUUUCAGAUGGAUCCAAGUAUAAAGGUUCAAUUGUUAACAAUAAAUUUAAUGGAAAAGGAGUGUUUCAUUUUUCAGAUGGUCGUAAAUAUGAUGGGUAAUGGAAAGAUAAUUAAAUGGAUGGUUAUGGUACAUUUACUUGGCCUGAUGGUAGAUGUUAUGAUGGAUAUUAUGUGAAAGAUAAAAAGCAUGGAUUUGGGGAUUUCACAUAUACUGAUGGAUCAAUGUAUAAGGGCAAUUGGGUUGAUGGCAAAGAACAUGGACAAGGAACUUUCUAUUCUAAAAGUGGAUUGUACAGAGAAGGUGAAUGGAUUAAUGGCAAAAGAGUAAAAUGGACUUCUUCAUACUAAACUUCCUGA